CAAAGUUUAUUUCUUUAUAAGCAGAUCCAGCUCUGCGCGUUUUGUUCGAAAUGAUGUGGAAAAUCUUCCUCUCUACCAUAUUUAUUUUUAAAUUAGUUCAAUCCCUAGAUAUUCCGAAUGAUGAUGUGCUUAAUUAUAAUGCAAUCAACCAACUGAACAAUUUACAGAAGGAAUUGCUGAGAGUAAUAUCGGCAAUACCAGAAUUCGCCAUAGUAUCUCCCUCUUUGUAUAAUUCAAGACUUUUUAAAGGAAAUAAAACCCACCAGAUUAUUGAUUUUAAUAAGUGGAUUUCGAACGUAACAACUGAAAAUGUACUCGAAAAUAAUACAACAGAUAUGCAUAAUUAUGAUUUUAAAGAUAUAAAGUCACUCGCAGCUAACCGGACAGGAAAUAAAUGUAACAUGGAUUUAAUUUAUUUGAUGUUUAGUUUUUCUAAGGAAGCGAGAUUACAAAUGUUGGAUGCUGCUGGAAAGCCUUCUUCUGGAUUAAGAAAAGGAAAUUUAAAAUGGCUUGGAGAUUUCAAAGAAUGUCGAGAAGUAACUGUACCUCUAAAAGUCAUCGAUAAUAUGAAUUUCGGAAAUUUUAAAGGAAAAUACUGUUCAAUGUCUUUGAUUUUAGGUAUAGACGUUGGUAUUUGUGUCCCAGAUUCAUGUAAUGAAGAAAUAUUAUCAAAUGAUCUGAAAGAACUAUCUACAUUUUUAAUUUAUAUUCCUUGGAUGAAAAUGGUCGUGCCGUUUAUUUAUACUGCAGGAAUUACUUGUCAAAAUUCUUCUUUAAAAUGGGAAACUGGCGAAAUAGUAUACAUGUGUGUGAUUUGCAUAUUUGCUUUCUUCAUUGUAAUUGGCACAAUAUGUGAUAUUAUAAUUAAAAUUAAAAAGUAUUUAUCGGUUAAGACGGAAAAUAAAAGUUUACCCGAGAAUUAUAAUCCAGGAGAAUAUUACGAUGAAUCUGAAACAAACAAUGAAAAUGAAUUAAUUAUAAACAGCACAACAGUACAGCAAGAAGAGACUGAAUCAGCAAUCGUAAAAUUCUUAAUUUGUUUUUCAUUAUACACUAAUGGAGUAAAAAUUUUAAGCACCGAAAAUACUAGCAGUCAAUUACAAUGUGUUCACGGAAUUCGCUUCUUGAGCAUGUGUUGGAUUAUUCUGGGUCAUACUUUUCUUUCAGCUUUAGUUGUUACAGAAAAUCUAGCCGACUACGUAGAUUAUGUUGAAAAGUUUUCUGCUCUAUUCAUAAUUCAAGCCACAUAUUCUGUUGACACCUUCUUUUUGUUAAGCGGGCUUCUGCUAUCAUAUUUAUUUCUAAAAAAUUAUGAAAAAAGUACUAAAAAGUUCAAUUGGGUAUAUUAUUAUCUUCAUCGAAUAUGGAGAUUAACUCCUGUGUACAUGAUGGUCUUAGGAUUAUACACGACAAUUUUUUUGCGUAUGGGUAAUGGUCCUUUAUGGCCAAAGGAAGUCGAUAAUGGUAAUUGUAAAAAGUAUUGGUGGCGAAAUUUGCUAUAUAUUCAUAAUUUGGAACCCCAGUCAGAUAUGUGCAUGGCGUGGACGUGGUAUUUGGCAAAUGACAUGCAGUUCUACAUCAUUAGUCCAAUAUUCCUGAUCCUUUUAUGGAAAUUUCCCGUUAUCGGUUUCGUAGUGAUGUAUGUCGCGUUAGGCAUUUCUUCAAUUACUACGGGAAUUCUAGCUACUAAUGGCAAUACAUUUUCAAUUUUUUCGUGGAUCGGUGACAACGGAUCAGAUUCGUCAAAUAUACAAGUGUCUGACAAUGUUUUCGAAGUUAUAUACGAAAAACCUUAUUGUCGUAUUGGACCUUAUUUGAUAGGAAUUGCCACCGGUUAUGCCCUGCAUAAAAUGAAUUACUGCAAAAAUCUUUUGAAUAAAACAGUGUUAGCAAUCGGUUGGAUUGUGGCUAUUGCUCUUUCUUCAAGCGUUAUUUUUGGUAUAUAUCAUACUCACAUGGGAGUAAUUGCUUCUUCCGUCUAUAACGCUUUCUGUCGUACAACAUGGAGUAUAGCUGUUGCCUGGGUGAUUUUUGUAUGUUUGGCCGGAUACGGAGGAGCUGUUAAUUCAAUUUUAUCGUGGAAAGCGUGGAUUCCCUUAAGCAGAUUAACUUACGCUGCAUAUCUUGUACAUCCAAUUGUCAUAGAAGGAUAUUUUGGUUCUCUUAUUAAACUAAUCUAUUUUCAGAUGGAUUCUAUGAUAACAUACUAUUUAGGAAUUCUAAUGUCAUCGUAUUUGGCUGCUUUUGUUGUAUCUGUUGUAUUCGAAAGUCCUAUGAUGGCUCUCGAGAAAUUUAUUUUAGACAAAAUGAAAAAGGAAAUGUACAAACUUUUGUCUUUUAUAUUUAUCUUCAAAUUAAUUGGAUCGCUGAGUACUUCAGACGUCGAUGUAUUUGAUGACAAUACAGUGAGACAAUUGAAUAAUUUACGAAUAGAAUGGCUGAAAUUCAUGUCGUCAGUACCAAAUACUGCUUGGAUAACACAUAGCCUCUCAUAUCCUGGAUUUCUCAAUAAAAAUGAUCACCGUGGAAUGUCCAUCGACUUGAACCACUUGACAUACAAUGUAUCGAACCAUAACAAUAUGCUCGAUGCAAUUAACAAUUCUGUAGACGCUAUGCAUUAUGACAUUAAAUCUUCGGGAAAUAAAUGUAAUUAUGAUUUGAUUUAUUUGUUGUUCAAUUUACGAAAAUCUUGGGCCGAACAAAUGUUGGAUGCCACUGGGAAAUUGCCUUCUGGAAUGUUAAAGGGAAAUUUAUUUUGGUUGGGUGAUUUUAAACAGUGUCGAAAUGUCACCGUACCACUAAAAGUUAUUGGAAACUUUAAUUUUGGAGGAUUUAGAGGCGAAUACUGUUAUUUUACUUGGACAAUUUCACUACAACAGUAUCAUGCCAGCAUGCCUUUAUAUUUGGGUAUAUGUGUACCUGAUUCGUGCACUGAAGAAAUAUUGAGGAAUGAUGCAAAAGCAGUAGCAAAAAUUUUACAUUAUAUUCCUACAGUUAAUAAACUUAUAAAAUACGUUAACAGUACGGAAAUAACUUGUCAAAUUUCUAAUAUAAAAUGGGAGAAUAGUCACAUAGCUUACCUGUGUAUAUUGUCGAUAUUUGCCGUCUUUAUGAUCACUGGUACUUGGUGCGAUGUCGCAAAAGUUCACAAGAAUAAGAAAAAAAUCAUUACAGAAGAUAACAAUUCGAACAUAGCCAAUGGAAAUUCUGCAGAAAGUUUUAACAGAUACGAAUUUAACAACGAAAAUGCGGUAAUCAUCAGCUCAGAAAUAUCUGAUUCCACAACGUAUUUGGCAAAUGACAAGAAUUCCGAAUCAGCAAUUGUGGAAUUCUUAAUUUGUUUUUCUGUAUACACAAAUUUCGGUCAAAUAUUUAACACUAAAAACGUUAAGAAACCUUUACAAUGCAUUCAUGGAUUUCGUUUUAUAAGCAUGCUUUGGAUCAUUGUUGGAUAUACAAUAGUCGAAAUUUCAAUGUUUUCUGAAAAUGGAUUAGAAUUUAUGGAUGUUUUAAAACAGCAAUAUUCUUUAUUCAUAAUUCAAGGUACAUUUGCAGUUGAUACAUUUUUCUUAAUCGGUGGCUUUUUACUAUCUUAUUUAUUUUUAAAAAGACAUAAAGGAAAAAACAAACAAUUUCAUUGUACUCGUUAUUAUCUUCAUCGAAUUUGGAGGUUAACUCCUACAUACCUAAUGAUUUUAGGGUUUUAUGCAACUAUCUGGUUACACGUAGGAAUGGGUCCAUUUUGGCCAAAAGAAAACACUCAAUGCAAAAAAUUUUGGUGGUGGAAUCUCUUGUAUAUUGUAAAUUUCAAAGAUUUGUCGGAUACGUGUAUGGGAUGGACGUGGUAUUUAGCCAACGACAUGCAGUUCUAUAUCAUCAGUCCGAUAUUUUUGAUACUUUUAUGGAAGUGUUCUCUUGGGGGAAUCAUAUUGCUAUGCAUUACUUUAAUUGCAUCAAUGAUUGUCACGGGACUUCUCGGAAAAUCCGGCAUAAUCUCAAUAUUUUCUGCUGUCGAAAAUCUCGAAUCAGAUGUGGGAAAACUGCAAAAUGAUUUUACGAAUUAUUAUAAUGAUAUUUACGUCAAGCCUUAUUGUCGCAUCGGGCCAUAUCUCGUAGGAAUUCUCACCGGUUAUGCUCUUCACAAAGCCAAACAUUUCAAACAUUAUUUUAGUAGAAAAAUUAUAUUUUUAUGUUGGGUUUUGUCUUUGACUGUUACUUCUACGGUUAUUUUUGCCGUUUAUCAUGCACAUAUGGGAUCUGUGACUGCUUCUGCUUACAACGCUUUAUCUCGAGUGACGUGGAGUAUUGCUGUUGCUUGGAUGAUAUUUGCUUGUACAGCAGGAUUCGGAGGUAAAAUUAAUACAAUAUUAUCAUGGAAAGCGUGGAUUCCGUUAAGCAGAUUAACUUACUGCACGUUUCUUUUAUACCCCAUUGUUAUGAAAACGUUUUUCAAUUCUAGUUCCAAAUCUUUUUACAUUCAAAUUGAUACUUGUCUAACUAUCUUCUUUGGACUAUUUAUAAUAUCCUUUAUGUGUGCUUUGCUUGCAAGUUUGACAUUUGAAUAUUCUACAAUGGCUCUUGAAAAAUUUAUCUUGAGAAGACUUUCAAAGAAAUAAGUUAACAUUUAAAAACUAAACUCUUUAAAAAUAAUUUUAAUGAUAAAUAUCAUUCUGUAUUUUCUUUCACAGUUAUUUUGUUGUCAUAGGGUAAUAUUGAUUAUAAUUUUGUAUAUAACGUAAACAAACUUUUUUCCUUCCUGUACGUAUGAAUAUAACUUAUAGAAAUCUGCAAAACUAGAAAAUAAAACGUUCAGUUUAACUUAUGAACAAUACUAUUGUAUUGUUAUUUUACAAAAAUAUUACCGUAAAGUGUUUAAUAUAAGGUAAUUUAAAUAAUUUAUACUUGUCUAAUACUAUUGUAUAAACACUGAUAUAAUUUAUAAUUAUAAAAUACGAAUAUUGAUUGAUAAAUGAGGUCCACACUUCCAUACAGCCACUGUUGUUAUAACACAGAGAAUAGAAGAUAGUCGAUGUAGCAUUGUUAUCCUUAUUCUCUGUCAUUCAAAAGUUCAAAGUUGUUCUCUUUGUUCAGAAGUUAUAUUGACGAAUUGUUUUGGAAUGGAAAGGUGGUUGUUUACACGAAGUCUUUCUGGAAGAGUAAAUCAUUUCAGAGAAAUAUUGUAAAAUUUAAUUUCAAGAAACGUAUUCACAGACUAAGGCCAAGAAAAAUUGCCAUAACUCAAAAUCGCACUCCAAAAAGUAACUCGAAUAAGCUAAAGAACACGAAUUUAGAGCUUAUUUGACAUCCUCUCACAACCUAAAUAAGUUAUAUGAAACCACCAGACUUCACGGUGUUAUCAAAAUAAAAAGAAAAAUUGAAAGUUUAACACUUUUCAUCAAAUUUUGAAGUUUAAACUACUGUAAGGAAAUCAAAGAAAUUAAUCAAGGAAAGCUUUUUCAUGGGAGAAAUGCAAAAAAUGAAUUGAACGUUUAGAAAAAUGCGUCACUCUAAAUGAGUAUGUUGAAAAAUGAAGUGUAAUUAAAAUUAGAUGCCCACUAUUUUAUUAAACUGAACACAUUCUUCUUAUUCUUCCCAAGCUAAUUUUAU